GGUAUCCUGUCUUGGUAGUGAAUGGAAGAGGGCCUGGUCCCUGGGGCAGUGCAGAAGGCACUUUCAUCAUCUCACUCACUGCAAAUGUCAUGUGAGGUUUCAUGGAAGUAUUAAGAGAUCCAAUUAAGAAGAAUAGUUCUGAGUCUAAACCAGCCCAGAGUGGCUUCUCUAGGGGAAACUCCCCGCUCUGCUGCCCUGAAUCUGUGGAGGCUAGUCCAGCAGUUAAUGAGAAGAGCCUGUACUCCACUCAUAAUUAUGGGACCACUCAGAGGCAUGGGUGUCGAGGACUGCCUUAUGCUGAUCAUAAUUACGGAGCCCCUCCUCCUCCGACACCUCCUGCUUCUCCCCCUGUCCAGACGAUCAUCCCUCGUUCUGACCUGAAUGGCCUGCCGUCGCCCGUAGAGGAACGCUGUGGAGACAGCCCGAACUCUGAAGGAGAGACUGUUCCUACCUGGUGUCCUUGUGGUCUUUCUCAGGAUGGCUUCCUUCUCAACUGUGACAAGUGCAGGGGAAUGAGCAGGGGGAAGGUUAUUAGACUUCAUCGGCGGAAGCAGGACAACAUAUCAGGUGGGGAUAGCAGUGCAACAGAAAGCUGGGAUGAGGAGCUUUCUCCUUCCACUGUGUUGUACACAGCAACACAGCACACACCUACAAGCAUCACCUUAACUGUUAGAAGAACCAAACCCAAGAAGCGGAAAAAGAGUCCAGAAAAGGGUCGUGCAGCACCAAAGACGAAGAAGAUCAAGGCAUUUCGAGAGGGAUCCCGGAAGUCCUUACGGAUGAAGAAUUCUCCCUCUGAAGCACAGAAUUUAGAUGAAAAUACCACUGAGGGCUGGGAAAAUCGGAUAAGACUAUGGACUGAUCAAUAUGAAGAAGCUUUCACUAAUCAGUACAGUGCGGAUGUACAGAAUGCCCUUGAACAACAUCUCCAUUCAAACAAGGAAUUUGUGGGCAAACCUGCUAUUUUAGACACUAUUAAUAAAACUGAACUGGCCUGUAAUAAUACAGUAAUUGGUUCCCAAAUGCAGUUACAGCUGGGAAGAGUCACCCGUGUUCAAAAGCACCGGAAAAUCCUGAGGGCUGCAAGAGAUUUGGCUUUGGACACUCUUAUAAUAGAAUAUCGUGGGAAAGUCAUGUUACGACAACAAUUUGAGGUCAAUGGGCAUUUCUUCAAAAAACCAUAUCCCUUUGUGCUCUUCUACUCAAAAUUCAAUGGUGUAGAGAUGUGUGUCGAUGCUCGUACUUUCGGUAAUGAUGCUCGGUUCAUCAGAAGAUCUUGUACACCAAAUGCAGAGGUGAGACACAUGAUUGCAGAUGGGAUGAUUCACCUGUGUAUCUAUGCUGUAUCUGCUAUCACCAAGGAUGCUGAAGUCACCAUUGCAUUUGAUUAUGAAUAUAGUAAUUGUAAUUACAAAGUGGACUGUGCUUGUCACAAGGGAAACCGGAAUUGCCCCAUACAGAAAAGAAAUCCCAAUGCUGCAGAAUUGCCACUCCCACCUCCUAGCUUUCCCACCAUUGGAGCAGAGACCAGACGUAGAAAAGCACGGCGGAAAGAGCUGGAGAUGGAGCAGCAAAAUGAGGUUCCAGAAGAGAAUCAUGACCCACAACCACAAGAAGUUCCAGAAAAAGUAACUGUAUCCAGUGAGCAUGAGGAAGUUGACAAUCCAGAAGAAAAACCGGAAGAAGAAAAAGAAGAGGCCACAGACGACCAGGAGAACUCAGCUCAUAGCAGAAGGACUCGGGAAGAUAGGAAGGUUGAAGCCAUCAUGCAUGCUUUUGAAACUUUAGAGAAGAGAAAGAAACGGCGGGAUCAGCCUGUAGAGCAGAGCAACUCAGACGUAGAGAUUACUACUAGCAGUUCAGAGAUAGGAGUUGGAGAAGAGACAAAAACUGCAGCCCCCGAGUCAGAAGUUAACAACCCUGUUACAAACAUUGCCAUCCCAAGCAUCCCACAGAGCACUGGUGUGAAUACUCGGCGGUCUUCCCAUGCUGGGGAUGUAGCGGCAGAAAAGCCAGUCCCCAAACCACCUCCAGCUAAGCCUUCUAGACCCCGACCGAAGAGUAGAAUUUCUCGGUACCGGACCAGUUCAGCCCAAAGACUAAAACGUCAGAAGCAGGCCAACGCACAACAGGCAGAGCUCGCACAAGCUGCCUUGGAAGAAGGAGGAAGUAACAACUCAGUAACUCUUCCUGAAGCUGGAAAUAUAGACAGUUCAGGAGAGAGCAGACCGUUAACAGGGUCUGACCCAACUGUGGUAUCAGUUACUGGAUCCCAUGUCAAUCGUGCUGCAUCUAAAUACCCCAAAACCAAAAAGUAUCUAGUUACAGAAUGGUUAAAUGACAAGGCAGAGAAGCAAGAAUGCCCUGUCGAGUGUCCUUUGCGUAUCACCACUGACCCAACUGUAUUGGCAACAACCCUGAACAUGCUACCGGGUCUUAUUCAUUCCCCAUUAAUUUGUACGACCCCCAAACACUACAUUCGCUUUGGCUCACCCUUUAUGCCUGAGAGGCGUCGAAGGCCCCUUCUGCCUGAUGGCACAUUCAGCUCCUGUAAGAAGCGCUGGAUAAAGCAAGCUUUGGAAGAAGGGAUGACUCAGACAUCAUCUGUGCCCCAAGAGACUAGAACACAGCACCUAUACCAAAGUAAUGAGAAUAGUAAUUCUUCUAGUAUCUGUAAAGAUAAUGCAGAGGAAGAGAAAGAUCUCGAGUCAGGGAUCAGUUUUCCCAGGACGACAAAGAAGGAUCUAGACAGUAUACAGAUAACAACAGAAAUGGUUAUAAAAAAGGUUAGAUACGUUUAACGUAGUAAGUUUAGGAAAUAUUUAUUUGUAUUUAUAAGGGGAGACAGUAGAAAGUGGUGGAACACUAAUCUUCAGGGGGAGCAAAUGGAAAUUUUAAGUGGUUUGUUGGGUGGGACUAAAGGGGCUGGAAAUAAUGGCAUCAUUGAGAAAUUGUUAUUUUGUUUUUUCAAAAGAACUUGCCUACCAGAACUAUAAAACUUCUGAGAUUUCAAACAUGUCUUUAAAUCAUAAGGACAUGAGCCAAAUGACUUUGAAAAAAAAGGGGUCUGAUCCAUUGUCUUCUACAGUGUUCUAUUGCAGGCUUGUAGCUGAAAGCAUUGGUAUAUUGACUUAUGAUCUCCUAUUUGUUUGUUUGCUUAUUAGACAGUGUUUUUCUGUUUAAUCUAGGCUGAUACCAAACAUCCUCCCUGGUACUCAAAAUCAGAUCAAUUUUCUGAAUAUUGUGUAAUCCAGAAAUGCUAUAGCUAGGUGUGGUGAUAUUUUGAAUACUAGUACUUGGAAGACAAAAUAAGACAAAAGAAUUGCUCAAGUCCAAGGCCAGCGUGGGGUAAAAAGCAAGACCCUGUCUCAAUAGGAAACAACAAAAAAUUUACCUACACAGAUUAGUUACUAAACCUCACGUUAAGGCUACAGCUAACGUAAUACCUCAGCAUUUUGCUUUGGUUUUUUGCAUUGUGUGAUAAGGGGAUUAUAGGUUUUUGUUUUUGUUUUUUAAAACAUCAUUUGUUGACUUGCUGAGUAAUUAUUAUGAAGUUGGAUUUAAAAGAAUUUUGUAGGGGUUGGGGAUUUAGCUCAGUGGUAGAGUGCUUGCCUAGCAAGCGCAAGGCCCUGGGUUCGGUCCCCAGCUCCGAAAAAUAGAAAAAAGGAAAAAAAAAAAAAAGAAUUUUGUAAGUAAUUGCUUUAUAUUACAAUUCUACUUUCAUCUCGAUUUUAAUCUGUUCACCUAAUAAGACAUUCAUUCAGGUUUAAUUUAAUAAAAAUUUUGAGGAAGCUUUCCUUUGUGUCAACUUACUGACAGCUUUUAGAGUGUAACUAGAGUAGCUGAAUUGGACUAUUAUGUGUGCCUUCCUCUAGCUAGUGGGUGUGUUGCACAUGUAUGUAGUUGAUCUUGGAGAACAGACUACAUGUCCUGGCUAUCACACUCAGAGAGAAGUUGUCUUUGUUACUUACCCUCAAUGGAAUUAAACUAGCACUGUUAGUCAUCAACCUUUAUGACAUUUCUAUUCUCUCUAGCAAGCAGUGAGAAACAUUGUCCGAAAACACCUUGCCCUUAAGCAUCACUAUAAACUGAGUGCUUAGUUCAAUAGCAGAUCCAUAAUCUUAAUUACUGCUGUCAUUCUUCAUAAAAUACUCUUUCUUGUCACAUAUGAACCACCUAGAUUAAAAAUGUUAAAUUCUUACACUGGUGUAAUUGCACUUAAUGUGUAAUACCAGUAAUCAAGACUGAUGAAAAAUCUUGGCUUUCAGGCCAGCCUGGAAUGUAUAGUAAGGUUAUCUCAAAAGAAAAUGUCAAAGGUUGUUAAAAGCUAAAAUUGAAUAAAAAUAAGAAGUCACGACAAAGAGAUGGGAUGUUCGUUUGUAAAUAACAUGCAUAUAUCCCUAGAAAUACCUUAAUAAUCAACUGAAAAUUUCAAAACUAAUAACAGUUAAAUAAAAUCCUUGGUUAGAAGUAAAUACCCCGGGCUGGAGAGGUGGCUCAGCGGUUAAGAGUACCCGACUACUCUUCCAGAGGUCCUGAGUUCAAUUCCCAGCAACCACAUGGUGGCUCACAACCAUCGUAAAGAGAUCCAAGGUGUAUCUGAAGACAGCUACAGUGUACUUAUUUAUAAUAAAAUGAAUAAAUCUUUAAAAAAAAAAAGAAGUAAAUACCCCUUAAAUACUUAAGAAAUAGUUAAGAAAAUGAAUGAAGACAGGUUUUUGUCAUCCUCAAAUUUAACAAAGCAAAGAAACUACCUGGGAAUAGCCAUACUUGGAUACAUGAUACAAACUAUGAUACUAAGAAGUACUUUGCAAGUUUGAGCAUAAAGGAAAUUCUGUGUUCAGUAAUAGAAAGAAUGACUAGUAUACAUCCAUAUUCUUUCCUAUGGUUUCCUAGAGCCAUCUUUAAAAUUUUGAUUCUAAGUUUAUCUAAAGUUUUUAAAAUAAAACUUCGAAGAGAGGAAUAAAGUACAUUGCUGAAAAUAUACCCUUAGCUUUCCUGUGGGACUAGUGGCUAAAUUAUCAUGGCAUAUGAGAACAUGGAACAGAACAGCUAGACUAGGCUUUGAAAUAGGGACAUGCUAUAUCGCUCUAAAAAGAAAAUUACUUUCUAAAAAGAAAAGUUUUUAAUUACUUGGGAGAUUGUAAAGUAAUUGGGUUUUUGCCAAUGCAAAUUCUAAGUGAACUCAAAUACUUUUUCUUAAAAUUUUUAGAUUUCUUUAUGUUUUGGUGGUUGGUGGUUUUGGGUGUGUUUUGUAUUUAUAUUUUGAGGUAGGGUUUCACUAUGUAAUCCUGGCAGGCUUCAAGUUUGCCUUUUUCCUGCCUCACUCUCCUGACUGCAUGUGCCACCACCCAAUACCUUAAUUCAAUUAGUACUAACUCUUGUUUCUCUGAUCAUGCUGUGUUUGAGUUAAUAUAGUAAGAAAAACAUUUUCAGUAAAAAACGAUAUAACAAUAUUCCAACUGUCUAUUCAGAUUCAUCAUGUGCUUUAAAAAUAUAAUCCUGAGCUCACUAAUUCUAGAUGUUAUACAAGAUAUAGAAACCAAAUAUUUAGGUGCAAAAAUAUUUAUAAUUACUAAUAGUUGCAAAUUAUAUACUUUUUUUAAAAGCCAGAACUCCAAUUGAUGAAAGAGUAAUAAGAAAUUGUUAUUUGAUCUGUGUUUCAUAUACACGAUCUUGAUAGUUUACCCUGACUUGGUGUAUGUGUGUGCAUGCACACACGUGCUUCCCCAUGUACUUGUAUAUACUUGAUAAUCAUGCAGGUUUUAGAGGAUAACUGGCAGAACUUGUUGGUCUUGAGGAUUGAACUUAAGUAAUCAGCCUUAGCAGCAAGUCUUCACUUUCUGAGUCAUCUCAUAGGCCCUUUUAAUUUGCAUUAUUGAUUUGAGGUUGUUGCUCAAUGAUAAUACUUGCCAACCAUGAGAAAAACCCUUGGUUUGAUCUCUGGGUCUACAAUUUUUUAAAUAGUUUACCUUUGUUUUAUCAAACUGAUUUAAGACCACAAAAAAGGAGAGUAAAUUAGAUUUACUUAUCUUCUUGAAACUUCAAGGAAAUUAAAGGAUAAUAUAUGUGACCAAUUCUCUCAGAAAAGUCGGCUUGAUAAUUGUUUUUUAACAUUUGAAAUGGAGAGAGCAGUGUAACAUAGCCACUCAUGAAUUUGAUAAUAAAAUGUUUAUAAUUUUUUAAUGAAUUUUUUUUAUUGUACUACUUUUUAUUGAAAAGCAUCUUGUACUUAGGAUGGCUGUGUUCUGAGUUUUAAUUUUUUAAUGAAUUUAUCUUAAAACAUUUGCCAGCUAUAUUCAUUAUGAAAACUAAUCUUUAAGAUGCGCUCUCAAGCUUUGCUUGGUCGUAUAUGCCUUCAAUCAUAGCACAUAGGACAGAGGCAGGCGGAUCUCUAGAAAGAGGCCAACCUGGGUUCCAGAACAAGUUCUUGAACAGCCAGGGCUACACAUAGAAACCCUGUCUCAGAGGGGUACAGAAGUAAUCUAUCAAAGCUACGAAGAUGGCUCAGUGCUUAAGAAUACUUUCUAUGUAAGCCUAAGAAUCUUAUGCUUGAACAGAUUAAAUUCCUAGAAUCCAUAUAAAAAACCAGGCAUGGAUGCGUAUUCCUAUAAUUACCACAUUUGGGGAGCAGAAACAGGUAGAUUUCCAGAGCUUGCUGGCUAGCCAAAACAGUGAGGUUCAUAUCAGUAGGAGAGUUUCUCUAGGUACAAAGUGUAAACAGUAGCAGAAGACAUCUAAUGUCCUCUGGCUUCCACAUGUAGCUAUACACUCCCACACACACAUAGAUUUGCCCACAUGUACACACUACCAAAUUUUAAAAUAUAUGUGUGAAUUAUCAAGUUGCUCUACUGUUUUAUUAUUUGACAUUCUAGAAUUUUUAGCUAUAAGCAUAUUUCUCUCUUCCAAACGCAAAGGAGGUAUAAGUACUAGUAAAGAGGGGUGGCUGUUAUCAUAUGCAGUUAAUACAGUUAGAUUCCUAGAAAAGCUGAGAAAAUUGGCUGGGACCAGUGUGUAAACAUUUUAUUACAACAUUAAGAUGGACAAAUGAAGAAAUAUGUCCUAUUCACUAUAGUAAUAAAAAGUGGGGGCUGGGGAUUUAGCUCAGUGGUAGAGCGCUUACCUAGGAAGCACAAGGCCCUGGGUUCGGUCCCCAGCUCCGAAAAAAAGAACCAAAAAAAAAAAAAAAAUAGUGGAGAACACUGGAAACCUUAAGUUUCUCAGAUAUGGGCAAGGUAUCAAAGCUUAAAUAACUGAAAGAAAUCAUGAGGGUGCUCUCCCCCAAUUAUAUCAACAAAGUUCUGGUUUUAGAGGUUUUUUAAAAAGACAAAAUAUCAACAUCAGUAGAUGUGGUAUGUGCCUGCAGUCUAGUACUAGAGAGACUGAGAAAGAAAAAUACAAGUUUGAGGUCAACCUAGGCAACAUUGCAAGACCCUGUCUCACCAAAAAGUGUAUGUGUUAAUGUUGGUUACGUAUUGUAUAGCAAAUAGAAUAACUUUCAGAAACAAGGCUUGUAUCUUUAAAAACUAAGAGGAAUAAGCUAGGAGGAGGGCAUUGUAGCUCAGUAGUAUUUUACUAAAAUAUACAAGGACCAAAAAAAAAAGUGUAAUAAUAGUCUAGUGGGGAAAAUGUGAUUCAUUUUAAAUCAGUGAAGGAGAAUUAGAGUUGUUCAAUUGCAAAAGAUUUUCAAAGGAAAAAGGCUAAUUGGUAUUUGCUACUAGAAAGGUGGAGUCGAAAUCAAUGCCCUAAAGUUAAUUGUAUGUACUUCUUCCUUAAGAGUUUAAGUAUAAUUUAGGGGAUCAGGGCGAUGGCUCAGUGAGUGAAAGUGCUUGCUACUGAAGCCUGGGGACCUGAAUUCAUAUUCCAGAACCAUGUAAAAAGCAGGAUGCAGUGAAGUGCAACUAAUGUGAGAACUGCUGUGGCAAGAUGAGCUUGUGGAGACAGGUGAAUGUGCCAGAAGAACACAGGGCAAGCCAAGCUUGGAAUAUACUGUGCAGUAGGGGCCCUGUUCCAGCAAGGAGUGCACCGACUCCAAAAAGUCAUCCUAUGGCCAUACACAUGCACACAUUUUUUCCCUUAAGUAUAAAUUAGAGAAGAUAUAUAGCUAAGUGUUAGAGUGCUUACCCAGCAUGUAUGGUUGUCCCUCUCUUCAACCCUCAAAGAAGAUAGUAUUGGUGCUUUGUAUAUACAGUCCCAAAACUUGGGAGAUUGGCAGGAGAAUUGCCAUAGUUAGAGACCUGUCUCAAACACAAAAUACAAACACUGAUUUACAGACCAGUUUGGGCUUUAUAUUGUGAGCCCACAAAAAAAAAGAAAAAAAGUGAGUGGGAGCCUCCUGCCACACUUUACACCCGGGCUCAAUCCUUAAGACCCACAUGGUGAAGGAGAAAAUCAACUCCCCAAGUUGUUCUUUGACUUCCAAGUACAUGACUUAGCCUGUAUGUAUCCAUAUGCACGCACGCACACACGCACGCAUGCAUGCAUGCACGCACAAAAAAAAUAUUUUUAAAAACUACUGGUUUAUCUAAAAGUGAUAGACCAGUAGGUGGUAUUUUCAUAGUUCAAGGAUAGAAAUGCAAAAUUGUAGUUAGAUUAAUUCAACUAAAAAAAAUUAAAACAAUAAAAAAAUUUAGAUUCAAUUUUUAUAUAUGAGUGUUUGGUCUAUACAUAUGUAUGUGUACCACGUGUUUUCUUGGUGCCCAUGUUGUUCAGAAGAGCAUUAGAUUUCCUAAAACUGGAGUUAUAGUUGACUCUGGACUGCCAUGUGGGUGCUGGCACCUGAACCUGGUUCUUCUGUAACAGUAGACAAUGCUCUUAACCACUGCCAUCUCUCCAGCCUCAGUAAAUUUUAAAAACAAACUAGCCAACAGUGGUAGCACAGGUUUUUAAUCCUAGGACUUGGGAGGCAGCAGCCAGCCUGGUCUACAAAGUGAGUUCCAGGAUAACCGAGGCUACACAGAGAAACACUUAGAAAAGCCACUUUACAGAAAGAAGAAACUGAAAAGGUUAAUUUAUUUUUUUUAUAGUCCACAUCUUUAUUUUUAUAACUCUAAAGACCAGCAUACAGUGUAAGCUGGACAUUGCAAAUCAUUCACACUAAAUACAGAGGUAGUGAGCAUAUAUAAAUGUGGGUGUGUGCGUGCACGCAGAUCAGAGGACACGAUCAGGUGCUUUGUUCUUCAUGCUGUUCUUUUGAAACACUGUCUCACUGAACCUCCAUUAGGUUGGCACCCAGCCAUCGCCCACCCCAGGCACUAGAGUUACAGGCAAAAAUGCAGCUAUAUCUGGCCUUUCAUAUAUGAGUAUUGGUGAUUCAAACUCAACGUUCUCAAGCUUGUUUAACUCCCACCUUCAAGUGAUUCUUUAAAAAAAAAGACACUGAAAGCCCUGUAGUUGUCCUAACAAAUAACAAAACAAAUAAGUAGGUUGGGGAUUUAGCUCAGUGGUAGAGCGCUUGCCUAGCAAGCACAGGGCCCUGGGUUCGGUCCCCAGCUCCCAAAAAAAGAAAGAAAAAAAAAUAAGUAGAGCACAGUUUUUUGUCAUAGUUAGACUUAACAGUUGCAGUAAGGGAAAAUACUUAAUGAUACAACACAGGUUAAAUUUUGGUGAAAUUAAUGUCACAUACCCAUUUUUAAAGGGUAUUCAUAAAUCAGGCAUGAGUCCAACUUUCCGAAGGCAAAGACAGAAGGAUACUAGUUUGAAGCCAGUCUGAAUUACACAGCCACUUCAAGGUCAGCUCCGUUUACAAUAGUAAGACCCUAUUUUAAAAACAUGCCACCACCAAAGAAAGAGACUUAGAAAAUUUUAUUCACUAACAGAAAUUUGUAGAAAAUCAUUUUAAUUAAUGGGUAGUAUGGCUUUAAAUGCUUGCAUAAUCUUGGGAAGUGUUGAAGCAGGGUUUUAAAAAAAUAGAGAGUGAGAGUGUGUGUGUGUGUGUGUGUGUGUGUGUGUGUGUGUGUGUGUGUGUGUGUGUGUUAAUACAUAUUUGACAACUGUACAACAAAAAGGAAAACAAAUAGCAAAGACAGCUGACCUACAAAUUUAGGCAGUCAUUGGGCUUGUUGAGUGUAGCAUCUUAAAUGUUUGUCAAAUAUCAUCAAAUAUAUAUCACAUUCAUUUGUGUAGUGGUUUCCCCUAAUUUUCCUACGGUAAUCUUCAUCAUAACAUGUAUUUAGCAGUUACAUUGUUGAACCCUCAGUACAGAGUUCUUAAAGGUUGGGUUUGAAGUCCUUAGAAAUGCUUAAAAAUUAUUGUGCAGAUUAGUCUUGAAUUACAUGCUUGUGGUUUUGGUAUUUGGUUUUUUGUUUUUUGUUUUGUUUUUUGUACCUAAACACCUUUAAAAAAGGAUAAAACAACACAUGCUAUAAAGACCAAGAGGAAAAGUAUUCUUUUAAUAUAGGGAAAUGAAAAAUCUUAAGAAACAAGAAAAAAAUUCUGUCCAUUUAAGCAUACUCAGUACCUCACACCUCUAUAUUGGCUACUUUCCUAACUCCAGUAGUUUUGCACUUGUAGUCACAUACUGACACUGUCACCAGAGGAAUCUUCUCAAGCAUAUCCCUCAUCAUGAUUAUCAGUGUUUCCACCAAGCCAUGGUGCUACAAUUUAACAUUCUCUUAUUAAUACUGUUUACAGAAUGACUAGAGAUGAAAGUCUAUUGAUAAAAGUGCUUGUCUAAGGUAUAGGAUGUCCCAAAUUUGAUCCCUGGCACCAUAUGAGGCUGGGACCAUGGACCAGGUGCUACCAUGUGCUUAGUGUCUCUAUAUGCAUCAGUCUUCAUCUUUGUUCAGGGUGAUGAUAGUAACAGAUGCUGGAUUUUUAUAGCAAGCACACCAUACAAGGCCUAGUAAGCAUCACCUAAACAGUGAUGUUCUUGUUUUAUUUUCUAAGAAAUGGAAUCAUAGUGUUGUUCAGGCCCAGGCUUGCCUUCAGCUCUUGGUCUUGAGCAGUGUUUCUAUUUCAGCCAC